AUGAGUUCAGACGACAGUUCAAGUAUUGAAAAGCUUGAGAUGUAUACAACUCAACAACACUCUACUCAUGAUUCAUCAUCAACCACUUCAUCUGAUGAAAACCCUAUUGCAUUUACUAGAUCUCAUUAUGAACAACAACUUCAACAAGAAACCAUAAGGAGAGAAUCUCAUUCUUCAAAUCAUAGAAGAAACUCUACAUCAUCUAUUCAUAAAUCACUUGAAAUCAUACGAAAAAGUUUGGUAGGGGAAAUCAAUCAAUCAAAUUCAGAUAAUAUUAAUCAAGAAUAUGCCGUUAAAGAUAUCUAUGGAGAUUUAGAUAGUGAAGAAAUUGAAUUACAAAGACAAGCCACAAGAACAACAAUUUUAAAUGAAUUAAUUGAAAGAACCCAACAUCAAGAUGAUACUGAUUCUGAAUCAAUAAUAACUGAAAAACUUGAUCAUCAACCAACUUUAAUUGAAUCAUCUAUUCCAAUUGAAAAUGAUGGGGAAGAAUUUAAUAAAAUUGAUCCUGAAUUAAUCACUUGGAAUGGUACUGAUGAUCCAGAAGAUCCAAGAAAUUGGCCAAUCACUUUAAAAGCAGGUUUAAUUGGAUUUGUGGCCCUUUAUGCUUUAGUAGCUCCUAUGUCAUCAUCAAUCUUAUCACCGGCCAUGAGUGAAAUCGAAGAAGAAUUCCAUAUCACUAAUGAAAUUAUCGCUGCCAUGGUAGUUUCUAUUCAAAUUUUAGCUUGGGCCAUUGGACCUUUAGUCAUUGCUCCAUUAAGUGAACAUGAUAACAUUGGUAGAAAAUUAGUUCUUGACGUUAGUUGUUGGAUGUCAUUAUUCUUUAAUAUUGGAUGUGCCUUCUCCAAAAACACCGCUCAAAUGAUGAUUUUUAGAUUCAUUGGAGGUUUAUUCGGUUGUGUCCCAAUGAAUGUUUGUGCUGGUGUUAUUUCAGAUUUAUUCGAUGCUAAAUCAAGAAUCUGGGCUUUAGCAGGUUAUUCAUUAGUUCCAUUAUUAGGACCAGUCAUUGCUCCUGUUAUUGCUGGAUUCAUUGUGGAAAACUUACAAUGGAGAUGGGUAUUCUAUGUUUUAUGUAUUUUCAAUGGUUCAGUUGCUAUCAUCACCACUAUUUUCUUUAAAGAAACUUAUAGUCCAACCCUUUUAAAGAGAAAAGCUAAUAAAUUAAGAAAACAAACUGGUAAUCAAGAUUUACAUACUAUUUAUGAAAUCGCAGAUGGUGAAACUACCUUAGGUAAAAUGUAUAUUUGUAUGGUUAGACCUAUCAAAUUAUUAUUCACUCAUCCUAUGAUUGUUGGUUUAGGUUCAUUCAUGGCUUUUACUUAUGGAUUCAUGUAUCUUAUGAUUGUUACUUUCCCAACCAUUUAUGGAAAACAAUAUGGUUUUGAUAAAGGUAUUACUGGAUUAAUGUAUAUUCCAAUGGGUAUUGGAUUUACAUUAGGAGUUAUCAUUUGGACUUUCUUAAUUAAUAAAUCAUAUAAUGAUUUAACUAAGAAAAAUAAUGGGAUUCCAAAACCAGAAUAUAGAUUACCAAUGUUAUUCCCAACUUCAUUAAUUAUCCCAAUUGGAUUAAUUUGGUUUGGAUGGUCAGUUCAAAAGGAAUUACAUUGGAUUAUGCCAAGUAUCGGAUCUGCCAUUUUUGCAUUUGGGUUAGUAUGUGUAUUCCAAGCCUUACAAAGUUAUUUAAUUGAUAUGAAUACCAAAUAUGCUGCCUCAUCAGUAGCCGCUGCUGCUUUAUUUAGAUCAUUAUUUGGAUUUACUUUCCCAUUGUUUGCUAAUAAAAUGUAUGCCAAAUUGAAUUAUGGUUGGGCUAAUACUAUGUGUGGUAUCAUUGGAUUGAUCUUAGGUGUUCCAUUCCCUAUUAUUUGUUAUAUCUAUGGAGAAAGAAUUAGAAAAUGGGCUGAUGGUAAUAUUGAAAAUGAUCAAAAGAAGAGAGAUCAAAGAAAUCUUGAAAGAUUACAAAGAAAACAAAAGGAAAGAUCAUUAGUUUAG